AUGGAGCUGGCCAAUGGAACUACAGUCCAGGAAUUCAUUUUGUUAGGUUUGGAGGGCGGGCAGAAAAAACGAUUCUUCCUCCUUAUCCUUUUUACUAUCAUCUACAUAAGCACUUUGGCUGAGAAUAUCACUAUUAUCAUGCUGGUACAUGUAGAUGCACAAUUAGCUCAGCUCCCCAUGUACAACUUUUUGGGAAACUUCUCCCUGCUGGAGAUCUGCUAUGUGACCACCAUCAUGCCACAAAUGCUCUUUGAUCUGGCUUCUCCUGAAGGGAUCAUCUCGUUCCAAGCCUGUUUCCUUCAGUUCUACAUUUUCUACUCACUUGGCAGCACUGAAGACUUCUUUCUCUCAGCCAUGGCCUUGGAUCGCUAUCUAGCCAUCUGCCACCCACUCCGCUACCCAACAUUUAUGUCUAAAAAGACCUGUUCCAAGCUUGUUGCUGGUUGCUGGAUUGCUGGCUUUUUGGUAUAUGCUGCCCCAGUAAUUUUGAUCUCUAGGCUGUCCUUCUGUGGUCGCAAUAUCUCUGACCACUUUUUGUGUGAUCAAGGGAUCCUGUCCUUGGCUUGCCCUCCAUUUGGGAAUGCUCCAUUUAUCCUAUUUUCCAUGAAUAUUCUGAUCAUAAUAGGCAAUUUAAUUUUUGUAACUAUUUCCUAUGGCACUAUCAUUCUCACACUGGUAAAAUCCUCUAACCAACAUAGCAGGAAAAAAGCCUUCUCCACCAUAUCCUUCCACCUCAUGGUGGUGACCCUCUUCUAUGGUUCUGUGGCAGGAAUGUAUGUAGCUCCAAGUGGGAAUGGUCAGUCACAUGUCACUAAAAUAGUCACUGUCUUCUACACUGCCAUUACUCCCUUUCUCAACCCAAUGAUCUACUGUCUGAGGAAUAAUCAGAUGAAGGAGGCCCUGGACAGGGUGCUGAGAAGGAUGGAGCAACAAAUGAGGAAAAAGAUGGGUUUAUGA